CCAGACGCAGCAAUGGAAGAUAGUUUCAGAGUUCGCGUAGAUAAGGUCUUCGGCGCUCUCGGCAACGAUACGGCGCCAUCCGCCGGCGUAAGCCCUGCCCUCUGGUCCCUCACCGAUGAAGAAAUCGAACGCCGAGAAUGGAAUCGCAACAAGGAUACUACUCCACAAGGAAAAGACCGCGCCCAAUCUGAACCCUCCUUUGACCUAGAAUCGGAUCUUAACGAGUUGAGCGAAGAGGAAGACGAAGAGGAGGAGGAGGAGGAGGAGGAGGAAGAAGAACAAGAAGAGGGCGAGGAAAUUGACGGUGCCAAACGACGCCGUAACAAUAACAACGGCGGUGGUGGCGAAUCUGGCGUUGAGGAGUAUUUGGAACCGGAUAUAUCUAAAAACGUGAAAUGUGCUGACUAUGAACUUGAAGAAGUUUGUAGAUAUGGUGAGCUUCCCAGUUCUUUCCAGGUUACUGCAAAAGAUCCUCGGGCCAAUCACUCGGGUGCAAAAGUUAGACUGAGAGAAGAUGCAGAGGCUACUGGAGAACUUGAUGGUUUACAACUUUCUGAUAGCUCCAUGGCCACAAAUUUGGAUGCUGAAGAUAUAAAAAAAGGAGAGUUAGGUAUAGGUAAUCCUAAGCCGAUCCUGAGAAAAAGAGAUAUUUCGAUGGACACCAAAUCACAGAAACGUGUUAGAUUCAUGGCUGGACCUGAAAGUAGUACUCAUGAGGAUCAGCAGGCAGCCAGUGAUUUGGCAUCAGAAUCUCGUGCGAUGAGUGAUAAUUCAGUGUCUGAACAGGCUUCUGAUCCUUCUAAAUAUUCGGCAGGGGUUCCUGAUUAUCUUAUAAACCCUAAAAAAUCCACGUAG